UCCAGUUGAGGCUAGAAAUAAUUUAGUUAAAAUACAAGGUUUGAACGAUGAUGUAAAUAAAGCAUUUAAAUCAUUAGCUGAAUUGGCCGAAGUAUUGGAUGAAAUCAACUAUGUGAUGGAAAUUCCUAUUUUUAAACAAUUUCACAAACUUAGUGCUAGAAAGAGAGCAAUAUUUAUUAAAAAGAUUAGAGAAGAGACUGAUACGAGAAUAUUUUUACCACGCGAAGGAGACAAUAAGGGUGUUAUUAAAGUCAUGGGAAAUAAAAGAAAAGUUUUAAUCGCUUAUGAUAUGAUUAAAGAAAUACAAAAUGAAAUUGGAGACAUAAUAACAAAGGAAAUGGUGUUGGGAAAUGUUAAAGUUAGAAAUGCCAUUGUAAAUCUUGGGAAUAAAUUCAUUCAAUCUAUAAAAGAAGAUUUUGGGGAUAAUGUGACAUUGAAUUUACCAACUGUUAAAGGAGAUAAUACUAUAGUUAUCAAAGGACCCGAAGAUGAUGUUAAAAAUGUUAUUACACAAAUUCAGACAAUGGUUGAUGAAGUUCAUAAAUAUGUGUUUGAUUUGAAAGUAAAUCCGAAGUUUCACAAAUAUUUAAUUGGAACAAAUGGGGCCAAUGUUAAAAAGAUAAGACAUUUAACGAAUACAAGAAUAAUUUUCCCGCCUGAAACUGAUUCCACUAAUGAAAAUAUAACUAUUGUUGGUAAAAAAGAGAAUGUUAAUAUAGCAAAAGCAAAAUUUGAAGUUAUGAUAACCGAUAUUGGUAAAGUCAUGGAAGAACAUGCAGAAAUCAAUAAAAAGAAUCAUGGCACUUUAGUUGUCAAACAAAAAGAAUGUAUACACAAAUUGAAAAAUGAAUGUGGCGAUGUAAAAAUUGAAUUUCCUAAUCUUGGUGCUGGAGAUAGAGUUGUGAUCAGUGAUAGUAAAGCAGAUGUUGCUCUUUCUAAACAAAGACUUGCAGGCCAUGCUAAAGUUUUGAAAAACAUAAUUGAAGUGACUAUGAACGUUCCUCCAAAAUAUCAUGAUCAUUUUGUUGCCCACCACUCUGAUGUAAUAAACCAGAUAAGUGGGAAACAUAAUGGAGUUACUAUUAAAUUUCCACAAGCUAGUUCCAAUUCAAGUCAAGUUUUGAUUAAAGGCCACAAGGAUUAUGUUGAAAAAGUUAGAAAUGAAAUCAAUAAUAUUAUUAUUGACUUGCGGCGUAGCAGUGGUGCAGUAGAUGCGACGCACCGAGGCCCUCGUGAUUUGGGGCACUCAAUUCAAAAGAAAACUAAUAUGAAAAAAAAUAGAAGCUUGCGUUAA